CCGUAUUUGUUUUUAAUUAUGUAUCUAUUUAGCUACUUUUUCUGUUGGAGUGUACUGUGUUGUCAUAUAUUCACUUCAUAUAUCGUAAAAGUGGCGGCGGCUGGAGUUCCUUGUUGGUGGGGUUGCUUUCACUCAAGCACAUUCCUUGCUAUGAAUGGUCCGCUUUACUUUGCUUACAAGUAAGGCAGUACGGCUGAUUUGACAAGAAUCAGCUGGACCGGGACCGCCAUUUCCAAGUUUAAUCACUACAGGUUCGUCUGGGCCAUCUGUGGCUUAAUUUUGGUGUAACAGGGUAGCCAAGCCUUGCUACCCACCAGGUUACAGCACAAUACUACCCCACACCACACCCCCAUCAACAACCGCCGCCCCCAAAUCCCUCCUGCCAACAGAACAAACGACUCCUCCCGCGCGUCCGUCCUUCCUUUGUUGGGUAAAAAAAUCCUCCCUCCGACCUCAGCUGCAGCCUCGAGUCAAACCACCCCUCAAUCACCGCCUUGAAAAGCGUCGCUGCCUAGCUAUGGCCGGACGGCGGGACGACUACGACGACCGGGACUACCACCGCGGCCCGCCACGCGGCGCUCCAAUCCAGCUCGCGGAGCGGCCGGCGCCAUUGAGAUCACGAGACCUAGAGGACCUAUGGCGCCGACCCGCGGCGGAGGAGCGUGAUCGCCAGGUAGCCUUCCUGCAGGAUGAUUAUGGGCGCGUGGAUGAUGACCAGCCGCUGGUCUUGAGGGAGAGGAAGGUGGAGACGUUUAGGCGCCAUACGCCGCCGCGGGCGAGGUCGCCGUCUAUGGAGCGUGUGAGGACGAGGAUUGUGGAGGAGCCAGAGGUGUAUAGGCGGGCGAGGUUUGUGGAGAGGGAGAGGGAGAGGGAGAGGUCGCCAAGUCCGUUGUAUGACAGGGAAAGGUUGCCGAGUCCGAUACAUGAGAGGGAGAGAACUAGUGUAAGAGUUGUGGAGAGGGAGAGAGAAAGACGAAGGUCGCCGUCUAGCUCUCCGGAGCCGCGUGCUAGGAUGCCUCGAGAGCCUCCUGUUAUUCGGGCACCCCCGAUUCACCAGGAGAUUAUCACGCAUCAUAGACAUAUAGAUCAUGGUUACCAACCAGUUGCGGUCCCAACACCACCUCUGCGCCUUCGGUCUCAACGCUCCCGGGGAGAUAUCAGAGAGACUGAGAUAGACAUAGUCACCGGGCCGGGCGACACUGAUGUUGAGGUCCAUCGAUCCCAACAACGAAGAUAUCGUGACGGCCGCCCCCAGUUCGUCGACGACGACGAGAUCUACGAACGAGACCGCGAACGAGACCGCCUCAGAGCCCGCACCGACAUUCGCCGUUCUGUGUCCUCGGCGAGAGAUGCAAGGGAUUCGAGAGAUCGCCGCAUACGUCCCAAUGAUUGGGAAGCAGAGUAUUAUGCGAGGAAGACGGACGAACGUGCUUAUAUCGGCGAGGCGUACAACGGCGCCACUAAGAAAUGGGAGAUCAUCGACGUACCACCCGGAACGGAGAGGGUGAGGAUGGAUGGUGUCGCGGGGGGGAGCCAGGAGGUUACGUGGCAGAAGUAUAAUGGAGUGAGGAGGAGCAAGUUUAUCCCGGAGAGGGAUAGUAUGGGGAGUUAUGAUCGGGAGAGGGAGUGGGAGAGAGAUAUACAAAUGGAGAUGGGACGCGGGAUGAGACGAGAGAGGGAGAUGGAUAGAGAAAGAGAUACGUUGAAGAUUAGCAUUGAUAGAAAUAGAGUGUCCCGACCGGUGGCAGAACCGAGAAACAGGUUCGGGGAUCUGUGGACGGAGAUUACGAAGGACUUGGUGGUGAGAGAGGCGAUUGAGGUGAUGGGAUACGAUUACGAGGAGACGGAGUACUUCUUCUAUGUCUUUCGGUAUAUGAAAUAUGAUGAUGUUGUUGAGCUCGUGGACCUCUCGGAUGAUAUUGUCCAAGACAGGAGGAACAGGAUCCGCGAGAUUGCGUGGGAACGCGAGCAACCCAGGCCUCGAGAGAGGGAGAGGGAUAUGCUGACGAUUGAGGCUUCGAGGUCGCGUGCCGAGCCUAUGUAUGAUGAGGAGAGGAUCAUUGACCGGGGGGAGAUCGUCUUUGAUACGCCGAGACGAUCGACGAGGGUAUAUUACUGAGCCUGUUUAGAGCUCUAUGAGAGAUGGGCGGUUUGGUUUGCGUGGAUAUGAUUUAUGACUAGGCAUAUUGUUGGGCCAGAGAAUGAUAGUUUAUGCGGCAUUGCAACAGCCUUAUUGGCGGCAUGUGGGGUUAUGAGGAUUUUUUUACCAUACUCUUUACUCUUGGGAUAUGGAGAUUGAAGGAUUAUGCGAAUCAUAUAGAGAAAACUAGCAGUAUAACUAUAAACGACAUACUAAGGAAUUUUAUUCUCGCAGAACGAUCUUGUCCGUUGAAACAACAUUUCCGCGGCCGUCAAGUAUCACGGCGACUCCCUUUCCCCUUACCCGAUAGACACCAACAGAUAUGCGACUGCUACCUCACCAUAGAGUUAAUCCAUUGAUAUGCCUGUAUCGCCUUCUUUUCAUUGUUAAAAACGCAGAAUGGUGACGGGCAAGGAUAUGCAAUAUCGAAAAGCACCUCGUAUAACUCAUCCUCCUCCCCCUGCCCCAGCCUUUCUACGAGGCCUGGGAAUACGAUUCGAGUAUGAAAGCGUGUGUGCAUCUCGACAUUUUCUUUGUCGGACCACAGGGGGUUUCUAAUUAUCGCAUCUUUUGGUAAGAAGAGUUUUGCGAAUGUCUUGAGAUAAUCUGGUUUCUGUAACUUGUCUCGUAACAAUCGAGCUUUCUGUUCUAUCUCAUGGAUACCUAUAUUAUUGUCUUAGGUUGCGAACAUGAAUAUGGAUAUGCAACUUACCACUAUCGCAUAUACUACCUACUGAACUGAAAGUAAUCUGUUUAUUUCGAGAAAUGCUACGCCACGAGGCUUCGGAGAUGAUCGUGGGGUAGAAUUC